AUGCCUCACAAACACAAAAGGAAACGUGAAGACCAGGAGGAAUCCAACUUCGACCUGCCUCCAUCUUCCCGCGCACGCACUCUGUCGGUGCAUCAGAAAUCAGAAACGAUAUUCGAGUCGUCCAAAGACAAAAAAUCCAAACGCGAAGCCAAAAAGGCGGCCAAGAAGUCCGGUCUGAAGGAUGACACACCCAAAUCCUUUGCGCGGCUCAUGGCCUUCCACCAACACGGCCAACGUCUACCGUCCGGGCUGGACGACGGCACUACGAUCAAGACCGGGAAAAAGAAGACGAAGAAGAACGGCAGGGACAGCAGCAACACCAACGUCAACGACGAGGAGGACGACGACGACAGCAACAACAACAGCAAUACCAACGUCAACGCCACCGAACCCCUCCAAAUCCUCCCCGGCGAACGACUGUCCGAGUUCGCGGCCCGCGUCGACCAGUCCCUCCCGCUGACGUCUGUCCCGCGACACCAGACGCGCAUCAACAAGAUCCCCGGGCUGGAGAAGAUCAAGACGCCGCUGACGAAACACAACAAGCGCCUCGCGCGACUGCAGAGCGAGUGGCGCAACGCCGAGGCCAAGCGGCGCGCGGCGCAGGAAGAGGAGGACGAGGAGCUGGCGGACCGACGCGAGGAGGACGACCUGCUGUGGCUGGGCGCGGGCGUCGACAAGGACCGUCUGCGGAGGUCGGGUUUGGGUGGCGGCGGGAAGAAGAAAAACAAGGACAAAAAGAAACACGACCCCGACGACGUCGACCCCUGGAAGCAGCUCGAGAGGAAACGGCGCGAGGAGGGGGAACUGCGACAGAAGAAUCUGCAGGACGUGGUCCUCGCGCCGCCGGUCCUGAAGAGCGUCAAGAACAUCUUCAAGGACAAGGGUGAGCGCAGUGUCCGUGCCGAGAAGAUUGGGACUGUGUCGGGGGUUAUCAUGACUUGA